ACAGAUGCUGAUAUUUAAUUUCCUCUUUCGGGUUGCAGCCUCUUUGUCAGGUGAUGUGGGCGUGCUCCAUGUGCUGGAGUCAGAGGAAAACCUGGACUGGGUCCUGAGUUCUGGCCCCAAUCCUCCUUACAUGGUUAUUCUGGAGUCCUCGCUGUUUACCAGAUCCAUCAUGAUGAAGCUGAAGAACGGCUCCAGCAGGGUGGCUGGCGUCGUCGUCGUGGCGCCAAACACGAAUCCAGUGGAGGGCUUCUCUCCUCACACCAGCUGCCCCAACGAGAACACAGGUGUUUAUUCAGAGAGCUAUGAUCCAGCAUUGGCACACUGUAAUAGGACAGUUUGGAAUCCUCUGGGAAGCGGUUUAUCAUACGAGGAGUAUGACUUUCCCAUCUUCUCCCUGAAAGACGACAAUGACACUCAAGUCAUCCGACAGUGCUACUUAAACCACAACAAGGCCGUGAAUGGCAGCAGUCCUCGGUACCCGCUGUGGUGCGAUUGCAGCCUCUACUCCCACAUGUCUGCUGUCACCGACACGGCUACCUGCAUGAGGAGAAACGACAUCAACUUCACUAUCAGCCCAGAGAUGGUGUGUGACCCGCUGGGUGACUUUAACGUUUGGGCCUCCACCAAGCCUCUGAACAACAAGAAGGGACACAAGAAGUGGGAGGAAGUGGUCAUCGCAGCAGCCAGACUCGACAGCAGGUCCUUCUUCUUCGAUGUUGCCCCGGGAGCAGAGAGCGGAGCGUCGGGUUUCAUCACCCUGCUGGCGGCUGCACACGCUCUGCGUAACGUCACCCAGGAGGCCCCACCCAACCGCACCAUCCUUUACACCUUCUUCCAAGGGGAGACUUUUGACUACAUCGGCAGUUCACGGAUGGUGUACGACAUGGAGAAUAAUCGGUUUACUGUGGACUUAGACAAUGUUCACUCAGUGCUGGAGAUAGGACAGGUGGGACUCCAUGGCGACUCCAGACUCUGGCUUCACUCUGAUCCUGUUUCAAAGAGAAACGGCAGCGUCAAUGAGGAGGUGAGGAAGCUCAUAGAUAACCUGCAGUCAGCAGCUGCAGGUCUAGGCUUCACCGUCGGAGAAGCCGGUUUCUCUCAGCCACUGCCUCCUUCGUCCUUCCAGCGGUUCCUGCGAGCUCGGCAGAUCCCCGGUGUUGUCAUUGAGAAUCACCAGUUUAACUUCACCAACAGGUACUAUCAGAGUAUGUAUGACAACGCAGAGUACCUUAAUGUGUCUUACCCACCAAACCUGACGCCUGAGGAGCAGCUAGAGUUUGUUACAGACACUGCAAAGGCUCUGACUGAAGUGGCGACGAUGGUGGCUCGAGCUCUGUACGUGCAGGCUGGAGGGGCAGAAAGUCAGAAGGACAACAUCACUGCUGACCGUCAGAUAGUGAGCCAAAUGCUGUAUGGUUUCCUUGUUCGGUCAAAUAACUCCUGGUUCCAGCAGCUUAUACCCUCCGACCUCUCGAGUCAUCUGACCGACAGACCCACAAACUUCUACGUCGGCGUGGAUAUGCAGUCCAGCGAACCGACUCUUCUGGUCCAAUACCUGCUGGCCAACCUAACUGGCAGCACCGUCAACGUCACCCAGGAAAACUGCCAGAACCAGAGAGAGGAUGAGAAUGACAAGGAGAACAAACACUUUUUCACCUACAUGUGGGUUCAAGGCGCCGCUCCUCCCAACAGCACAGAGCGAGAGGGUUUCUGUGUUCGCUCUACCGUGCGUCUCUCCAGAGCGGUGUCCCCGGCCUUCGAGCUACGAGACUACACCUCCAAAAAUUACUCAACGUGGACAGAGUCCAGAUGGAAGAGCAUCAAAGGGCGCAUAUUCCUGGUGGCCAGUCAUGAACUGGAGAUGUUGACGCUCGGCGUUGGCAUUGGCGUGCUGCUAACAUCCCUCCUGCUAACGUACAUCAUCAGCUCGAAGGCCGACAUCCUCUUCAGCUCGGGGAGGGAACCCACCAACGCCACCUACUGAUCCCCACGGACGGUGUCUCAGGCCAACGACCACUACUACUACUUCUACUUCUACUUCUAUCCCGACCUGACAUGGACGACUGCCUUUUCAAACACACCACGAGUAGGUACACAGAUGGGUUAAACUCAUCUGCAGAGGGGAUUUUUCUUUUUUAGACGACAACUCCGUGUUUGUGGACUCACUUAGGUGAGGCGCGACGUGAGGACUGGACUGGACUGGAUUUGGCCUGGAUGGAUCUGGACUCAUCAGGGCCAGAAAAUUUAAAAAAUAAAUAAAUAAAACACACACACACACACACACACACUGGUCAGGCACCAGAGGGCCCUGUCAGUGGAAAGAGAUGUUAAUAUUUCUUUUGUUUUAGUUCAUUUUUUUCCUUUUUGUUAUUGAAGAAUGUUUUGUUUACUGUGUCAUGGGAUAGGCACUAAACAUGGAGCAUUAUUUUGAGUGUGUGUAUGACUUUGAAUAUGUAAAUGUGACCGAGUGAGCGUGCGAUUCAGUGUGUGUGUGUGUGUGUGCGCAUGCGUGUGUGUGUGUGAGGAUUGCAAUGGUAUGUGCAAUACUGUAGCUGUCUUCUCUGUCGAUGUAGUUAACUUAUCGAUCAGUUCUCAUGAUAAGAAACCACUUUCUGAGUCGGUGAACAAGUAGUGAAAUUUAAAGGUUUUUUGCAAAAUCUGGAAAUGUGCAGUGAAGUAUUUUGAUAAGCUCCUGGGAAGUUAUACAAAAAAAACCACAAAAAAACCAUUGGUGUAUGUAGUUGUGAACCCGCUGCAGUUUCACAUAUUGUGAUAUUUCAUGGAAAAGAAUCUUUUCCAAGUCUGGCGUUGCUGGCAGACACUUUAUUCCUUCUCAGCUGCCAAAAAAAAAAAACUAACUUAAAAAUGUAAAGUUUGAAAUGAAAUUAGAGGAGUUUUGACACUGAAAAAGCGCUGGUACUGUGACUGUGCACUCUUUUUGGUUCGUACCUUUUUUUCCCCCACAAGGUUUUCUUUUGAUGAUGGCUCCUUUUAGAAAUGUGACGACACGCGAGGUUUUAAUCCUGUUGUCGGGUGUUCAUUUAUUGGCUGGAAUCAAAGACCAGGUUUGAUGCCUUGAUGCAAGAAAUAAACAUUGCUUCUUUUCCAACA